GCUGUGCCACCACCAGCUCCCAACGAUGUCCGCCGAAGCUCCACCAUCGAUGGACCUCGGCGCGCCCGACGCGGAGCCCGUGCCCGGCCUCGAGCGCGACUUUCCCGGCGAUGACAACGGCUCCGGCGCCAAGGCCGUCUACGACGCGGGCGGCGACACGCGGGCGGCCUUCGACCGGUUCAACGAGGACUACCCGGAGAGCGACGAGUCGAGCGACUUCGACGACGACUACGAGGACAGCGACGCGCCCAUGGACCUGCUCGGCGACGGGUCCGUCGUCAAGCGGCGGACGCAGGCCGGCCAGGGCUGGGAGCGGCCCAAGGAUCUGUGCGCCUGCGUCGUCGAGUACGCGGUGGUCGCCGGCGCGGCGGCGACGAGCGACAGCGGCGACCGGCGCGAGGUCGCGCCCGCCGCGACCGUCGAGUUCGCCGUCGACGAGGACGACGCGCCGCUGCCGUUUCUCGACGCCGUCGUCAAGUCGAUGCGGGCCGAGGAGGUCGCCGUCGUCGCCGUGCGGAAGGGCGUCGUCGACGCCUGGGGCGACGACGCCGACGUCUACGAGAUGACCGUGACGCUCAAGUCCUUCGUCAAGCAGCCCGUGGGCCACGAGAUGGACGACGACGACGCGAAGAAGCAGCACGUCGCGGGGCUCAAGGCCAACGGCAACGGCUGGUUCAAGAAGGGCGACCUGGCGCGGGCGAAGCGGCGCUACGAGGCCGCGGUCUACUUCGGCGAGUACGAGGACUGCUGCAAGGACGACGUGCCCGCGAUCCGCGGCAACCUCGCGAUGGUCGCGAUCUCCUCCAAGGACUGGCACGGCGCCGUGGCCAGCUGCGACAAGGUCAUCGCCGCCGACGCGUCCAACGUCAAGGCCUGGUACCGCCGCGGCGUCGCCUGCGGCGAGCUCAAGGACUUCGACAAGUCCGUCGCCGCGCUGAAAAUGGCCAUCGAGCUCGACCCCAAGUCCGCGGCCGCGCGCAAGGCCCUGAAGGACGUCGCGGCGAAGCGCAAGGCCGCCAAGGCCGCGGAGAAGGCGACCUACGGCGGCAUGUUCGCCAAGCUCUCCGGCUUCGCGUCCGAGAACCGGCCGAAGACCGCGGACGACGACGAGCGGCGGCGCGACGCGGCCUUCGACGACGACGAGGACGACUGGGAGGAGCCGCCGAAUCCGGUCGCGCCCAUCGUCCACGCGACGGGCCUCACGCGCUGCUUCUUCGAUAUUUCCAUCGGCGGGGAGCGCGCCGGCACGAUAACCUUCGAGCUCUUCGACGACACCGUCCCCAAGACGGCGAACAACUUCCUCAGCCUCUGCCUCGGCGACAACGACAAGAAGCUCACCUACAAGGGCUGCGCGUUCCACCGCAUCAUCAAGGGCUUCAUGUGCCAGGGCGGCGACAUGACCAAGGGCGACGGCACGGGCGGCGAGUCCGUCUACGGCGGCAAGUUCGACGACGAGGCCUUUGUGGACAACCACGACGCGCCGGGGCUCCUGUCCAUGGCCAACGCGGGCAAGAACACGAACGGCUCCCAGUUUUUCAUCACGACCGUGAAGACGCCCCACCUGGACGGCAAGCACGUCGUCUUCGGCCGCGUCGUCAGCGGCAUGGACGUCGUAUCCAAGCUCGAGGACGUCGCCGUCGACGACGCGUCCAAGCCCAAGAAGCCCUGCGUCAUCGACGACUGCGGCGAGCUGCCGCCCGCCGAGGCGCCCAAGGACGACGAGGCGGCGAGCCUCCCGGACGCGGAGAACGAGAGCGACGCGCCGUGAGCGAGGCCCCGCGCGCCGCCGCCCCGCCUGUAAUGCAUGAACUGCGACGUCCGCGCGGGGGCCGCGGCUUCGAAGGAGGUUCCGCGGGCUGCACGCGGGCCUGCAAAUCUGCAACAGAGGCUCAAGUAUCAGCUUCUCGGGCCGGCGUUGCCGAAGCUGCCCGAUCGAGAGGUCCCCU